AUGGGUUUCCUCGACGCCUUCUCUUCCCAGCAGUCUCAGUACGACAACUACCAAAGCGAUGAUGCACCUCACCAAGCUACCUUGAGCCACGAACUCCUUGGCGGCGCCGUCGCAUUCGAAGCUGCAAAGGCUUACGAAGAUCACUGCGCCAGGAAUGGCAAGCCCCAAAGCCACGCUUUGGCUAAGGAACUUUUCGCCGGUUUCGCCGGGGCUGCCGUUGACCGCCUGGUCGAGACCAAGGGUAACACUGGAACAGGCCGACGCGUGGUCUGCGCACCAGAGACAGAGAGCGCAAUCGCAUGGUUACUUGAAGCUCAAGAGCAGAUCCAGGAAACAUUCACCGAAGAUGUUUACGAGUCGAACUACUAG